AGAAAGAUAAUUGACUUUUUCCUUUAAUUUAUAGAUUUAAGAAAUAAACAAUCUCAAAGGAGCUGGAAUUGUUUUUUCUUAACUAUCAUUUUCUCUUUUUAGGAUCAGGUUUUAAUUAUUUUAAAAAAUAAUAGUAAGUAAAUAAAAAUGAAAGCAGAAUUUGUGUUAAGUACAUUGCUGGUCCUGUUUUUAUCAACUCUAGUUACUGAAUCCUCAGCUUUGUGUAGUGAUAAAGACAACACUAGUUGUUCUGAUUGUGUAAAAGAUUUUGAUUGUUACUGGUGUGUACCUACAAAGAAAUGUGGUGAACGACCAACCAUAAAGCCUUCAAAGAGCGAGUGUGAUGGCAAAUGGUAUGCUUUUUCUCAAUGCAAAGUGUCUGGAAAUUUCUUGUUAAUCGUCAUACCAAUUUGUGCUUUUGUUAUACUGGUGAUUGCGAUUGCAUGUAUAUAUUGUUGCUGUUGUCGAAACUGUUGCAGGGAGCGUAGAAGAAAGAAGUGGGCCAAAGAAGACAAUAGGAGUGAUCAACGCAAAAAAGAAAGAGAGGACCGCCACGCAGCCAAGGAUGAAGAGAGAAGGCUAAAACACGAUCAAAUCCGUAUGAAGUAUGGUUUGUUCAAGGAGAAUGAACCAAAAUAUGAGAAAUUUGACGCAUCUUAAAGUGUUGUAACUGUUGUUAUGACGUCAAAGGUUAUGGUUUAUGUGUAUAAUUGGUGUUUCUGAUUUUGGUGAUUUUUUAUUCAAGCGUUUUAAUAUUCUGAAAAGGUUUCAUAUAACAUAAAUGGUUGAUGCUAUAUAUUUAACUUCAGCCGGAUUUUCUAGCACCUACCCUUAUAGAAUUGCAAACGAUAAAAAAAAUAUAUAAUAUUUCAUGUAAUAGAAUUUACGUUUAGUUUGAAUACUGCCUAAAAACUUGAGCCUAAAAUUUGAAUUGUCACGUGUGCUAAGAAGGUUAUGAAAUACACACAGUGUUACUUUUUGUAUUCUAUAAGCGAUAACACCAUAAGAUAGUCUUUUUCAGUUAUCUCAGUUUUGUUGUUUUUUAGGACCACUUAUGUAUUUAGUUUCGGUUAAGAAUCUCGAUAAAUACUUACAUAUCAACUAAAAAUGUGCUAAGUGUGGUCAAUGUUUUCUCGAUGGGUGAAAUCUUGUAACUGAAUGUUGUGAAUAUCAUAGGAUAUAAUACUCGUCAUGAGUUUUUUGUUAGCUCUUCUGCUUCAAAUAAAUUGGAAUAUUUUCGUGUUUUUAUAAAUAUUGCAUCUAAAAAAAAAAACAUGUAAAUGGUACACGAGAGUGUUUAUAUUUCAUAAAUUUCCCAUCAAGAUAAGCAAAGUAAAAUAUUUCAAUGUUUUGAGGUGUGGGAGCCCCGUAUAGUUAAACCCUGAGUAGUAACACCGUAGUGAUAUUUGGUGUAUAGUUUGCACAUUUAACCAUGACGACGGUUUCAAGAGAGUUUUUUUAUGUUUUUGUGCUAAAGAAUGUGAUUGUGUUGUUGUGGAGAGGUGUAUAUUUUUAUGAGAUGUAAUUAUAAAAUUGUAGAGGUAUUUUUGUAUUAAAAGUGUUUGCACAAAAAUUCUUAUAUUCCUGUACAUUGUUUUUUUCUGAAUAGAAAUCAACGGUGAUCAAA